AUGACGCCAUUGAAGAUCAUCCUCCUCUGGCUCUUGAUCGCCCCUCCCGUGGGGGUGCUGGGAGCUGGCAGAAACACUACUCUCCCUCGGCCAAGCUUUGUCAAUGUCGGUGCCCUCCUCACCUUCAAUUCCGUAAUUGGAAAGGUAGCGAGGGCGGCUAUAGAAGCCGCCGUGGAUGAUGUGAACCAGAAUUCGACCGUUCUAGCGAGGACCAAGCUGAACCUGUUCAUGGAGGACACCAACUGCAGUGGGUUUGUCGGAAUAGUCGAAGGUAGGAGUCCUCCCCUUCCUUGAAAAGCCAUGUUUCUCUCUUGAUUCCAUAAAUAUUUCUAUUCUUGGGUUCCUGUGGAUAUAAUUCUUCAAGAUCCUACUGGAACUGGCCGUCCAGCCGUCCAUCGCAUUGACAGGGCGGCUUCAAAGAUAACUUUCUUCACUAAAGUUUGCUCCUAUACAGGAUGAUAACCCAAACCACCUCAGAAUUCUUAAUCCCUUCCAUCUCCAAGCUCCCAAGUUUAAAUCUUGUUUACUGAGCAAGCUAAGAAUCAUCUCGAUUUAUCUCUUUAUGGGGUGAUUUUGCUCUAACUUUUGGUAUGAUCCUGCUCUGGACAGCCUUGAAGCUGAUGGAGAACGAAGUGGUGGUUGUGAUAGGCCCACAAUCCUCCGGCAUUGCCCACGUGAUCUCCCAUGUCGCCAAUGAGCUCCAUGUCCCCCUCGUCUCCUUCUCCGCCACAGACCCCUCCCUGGCUUCCCUCCAGUACCCCUUCUUCCUCCGGGCAUCUCAGAGUGACUACUUCCAGAUGAACGCAGUGGCCGACUUCAUCACCUACAAUGGCUGGAGGGCGGUGAUCGCAAUCUACGUGGACGACGACUUUGGCCGUGGUGGGGUCACCGCCCUUGGUGACGCCCUUGCCCGGCGGCGAGCCAAGAUCUCCUACAAGGCCGCCCUCCCCCCAGGUGCCAGCUUGAGCAGGAUCACUGACCUCCUGGUGGAAGUCAACCUGAUGGAGUCAAGGGUCUACGUCGUUCAUGUCAACCCUGACUCGGGCCUCUCGGUGUUCUCUGUGGCUCAGCAUCUUGGCAUGGUGGAUUCUGGAUAUGUCUGGGUUGCGACGGACUGGCUCUCCACUGUCUUGGAUUCCUCUGCACUGGCUGACCCCAAGAUCAUGGGUCUCAUCCAGGGGGUCAUCACCUUCCGCCACCAUGCCCCUGAAUCUGCCUCCAGACAGAUGUUCUCUUCCCGGUGGAAUGCCAGCUCUGGUAGUGGCUUGAAUUCCUAUGGGCUGUAUGCCUAUGAUGCAGUCUGGCUGGUUGCCCAUGCAAUUGACGAGUUCCUCAAUGAAGGGUCGGAGAUCUCCUUCUCGGCUGAUCCGAGACUGAAAGAUGUAGAGGGGAGCAGCCUCCAGUUCUCAGCCCUCCGAGCCUUCCAUGGUGGCGAGAGGCUGCUCCAGAUCAUGCUUGCAUCAGGCUUUGCUGGCUUGGCAGGAUCUAUUGAGUUUGCCUCAGACAAGAAUCUCAUCUCUCCGGCCUAUGACAUUGUCAAUGUCGGUGGGACUGGUGUGAGGAACAUCGGCUACUGGUCAAACCAGUCGGGUCUCUCAGUUGUUCCACCAGAAGUUUUGUAUGGGAAGGCUCGGAAUAACUCUGCCGACAGCCAGAAGCUGUACGGGGUUAUCUGGCCGGGGGACACCACAACCAGGCCAAAGGGAUGGGUGUUCCCCAACAAUGGGAAGCAGCUGAGGAUUGGGGUCCCCAGGAGGGUGAGCUUCAAGGAGUUUGUGUCGUCAGAUAAAGGGCCAGAUGGGGUCAAAGGUUAUGCGAUCGAUGUAUUCAAGGCAGCUGUCAGCCUCCUGCCAUAUCCAGUGCCCUACACAUUUGAAUUGUUCGGAGAUGGAUCCCAGAAUCCCAGCUACAAUGAGCUCGUCUACAAGGUUGCCCAAAAUGUGAGCUCGGGAAUUCUUUGAAUGUUGCUGUACUUCGAUACAUCUGAUCUUCGUGGGUUUUCUUCUGAUCUUGGAUGACUUACUUGCUUGCUUAGAAAGAGUUUCACCUGCUCUUCUUCUUCUUCUUCUUGUUCUUUAGGAGUUUGAUGCAGCUGUGGGGGACAUCUCAAUUGUGACGAAUAGGACGAGGAUUGUGGAUUUCACGCAGCCAUACUCUGAGUCUGGGCUCGUGAUUGUCGCACCAGUCAAGAAGGUAAACUCAAAUGCAUGGGCCUUCUUGAAGCCAUUCACGACGCAGAUGUGGUGCGUCACGGGGGCCUUCUUCCUUUUCAUUGGCACCGUCGUCUGGAUUCUUGAGCACAGGUUCAACUCCGAGUUCAGGGGGUCUCCAAGGCGGCAGCUUGUGACGAUCUUCUGGUUAGUAUCCAAGAAGGCUAUGUGUACUCUCCCUUCCUCUCUCUCUCUCUUUCUCUCUCUCACUUUGACAUUAAUUCAGAGAGAAGGCUCAUAUCUACUAUGUGCUAUCAUCAUUGCCUGGGUAAUGUUGCUUGAAAGUUUUUUUGUUUGGAUCAUAAAAGACCAUUUUUUCUGCUACAUUUUCCAGGUUCAGCUUCUCGACCAUGUUCUUCGCGCACAGUAAGCCUUUCCUUUAUGCACUCAAUCCCAAUGUCGAUGGUUAUUUUCCUUAGUUGGGUCGAUGUUCUCACCCCAUCUGGUCAACAUCUAUGCCUCAUUCUAGGAGAGAACACUGUGAGCACUCUUGGACGUGUGGUGCUGAUCAUAUGGCUCUUUGUGGUGCUGAUAAUCAACUCCAGCUACACUGCCAGCCUGACCUCUAUCCUCACAGUCCAACAGCUUUCAUCUGGGAUUGAGGGACUUGAUAGUUUGAUCUCCAGCAAUGAUCCAAUUGGGUUCCAGGUGGGCUCGUUCGCCAAGAACUACAUGAUUGAGGAGAUCAACAUCGCCAAGUCGAGACUGGUGGCAUUGGGAUCACCGCAGGAGUACGCAAGGGCCCUCAAGCUCGGGCCGAAAGGUGGAGGAGUGGCAGCGAUAGUGGAUGAGCUCCCCUAUGUGGAGAUCUUCCUGGCAAGGAACUGUGAGUUCAAGACUGUGGGGCAGGAGUUCACCAAGAGUGGAUGGGGAUAUGUGAGUAAUCUUCCUCCUCUUUCAAUAAUCUUAUUUUUGAUAUGAAGAAAAAUCAUAUUUUAUGCAUAUUUUAUCGUUAAAUUCUAGAAUAAUCCUUCCUGCAUUGGAAACUCAUAUUUCUGUUUAGUUCAUUAAUAAUUCAUAUAAUUUUAAUAUAUUGUCAUAUAUUUGGGUCUUCUUCAUUUGUAGCCGAUUGACUUGGGCUUAGAUUUGCCCGGGUUCUUCAGGUAGAUGAUCAGUUUUUCUCCAACUCUCUUUGCUCUCCCACCAGGCCUUCCCAAAGGACUCGCCACUUGCUGUGGACUUAUCGACAGCUAUUCUCAGCCUAUCAGAGACCGGAGAUCUCCAAAGGAUCCAUGACAAAUGGCUGAUAAACUCCGGAUGUAGUUCGACGGACAACUCAAUCGAUUCCAACAGGCUGAGUCUCCAGAGCUUUUGGGGCCUCUUCCUCAUUUGUGGCAUUGCUUGUGUGAUGGCACUUCUCAUCUUCUUCCUGAAGGUCUUGUGCCAGUACAACAAGUUUGACGAGAACUAUGAUAGCGAGUCAGUCGAGGAUCGUAGCGGGCCCCUUGAGGCAGGCCGCUCACCCGUCCGACAGCCAUCCUGCACAAGUUCACUUGAGAAUCUGAUGAAUUUUGUGGAUAGGAAGGAAGAAGAAAUCAAGAGCAUAAAGAUGAAGAGGUCAUUGGAGAGGUCCCAGAGGUUGGGCUCCAGUCAUCUCAACGAUGGGUCAGUUUCCUUGUGA